UUCGGUCUCGGUGGGAUGAGAAUGAAAAAGUUUCUUCCAUCAGUUUAAGUUCAGUUGAAAAUAUCGUGUCGAUCGAUGUAGACGGUUGAUAUUAAGUCUAUUUAGAUGUUGAUUAAAGUGUCAUCGUUGUUAUUUAGUGUAUAAAAAUUUAGAAUCACAAUUAACUGAUUGGGUUAUGAUUCUCAUAUUAAUACCCACUGUUUUUUUACUGUGCUGUGCUUGUUUAACAUCAUCACUAGCAUCAUCAGCAUACCAACCAUCUUCAUCUUCAUAUUCAUCCUCAUCCUCAUUGUCUUCACCUUCAUCUUCAUCUUUAUCCUCAUCUUUAUCAAUUUCCUCACCAACAGCAUCAUUUUUAUCAUCAAUUUCAUCUUUAUCUCCAGCAUCACUAACCUCAUCUUCAUCUUUACCACCAUUAACAUGGAGACAACAGCAAAAAUUAAUCAACAAUCAAAAAUUAAAUUCUCAUCAACACCUCGAAUUGGGUUCUAAUUGUUACACUUCCUCGGAAUGUUCAAAAUUUAUUCCAAAUAGUCACUGUGAAUGGAAUGAGAGGAUUUGUACAUGUCAACCUUACCAUAUACAAUUAAAUAGCACAGUUUGUUUACCAGCCUCAUUGUUAGGCUUUGGAUGUUCAAUUGAUGAGCAAUGCACAAUCAAAGUGCCAAACAGCAUUUGCAUCAACGGGACCUGCCAAUGUAAAUCAAACUUUGUCCCACACCGGAGGGAUAAAUGUUUACCACCUGCUAAGAUAGAGGAUUAUUGUCUUAAGGAUGAACAGUGUACUCUAGGGGGCAAAUACACCAAAUGCAAAUACAUAAUACCUCGAGUCUAUGGUAAAUGUAAAUGUCCCUUGGGCUAUGUGGUUACCGAUGAUAAACAAUGUUUACCUUCCGUUGGAUCUAAAUGUGAAUUGAACAGUGAAUGCUCAAAGAUUACACCUCAUAGUAUUUGCUCAACUUCAUUGAAACAAUGUGAAUGCGACGUUGAUUACAAGGCUUCCGAUGACAGAUCAAAGUGUUUAUUAAUUGUAAAACCAACUGAAACUCCAAAUGAUAUUAUUGAAGAUGAGGACAGUUCGUCGGCUCUUGAUUUAGGUCCAGUUUCGUUGGGUAAAAGGUGCCGAUCGUCAAUUGAAUGUCAAAUUCGUGAUCCAUAUUCCGCUUGUAUCAAUGGUGUUUGCGAGUGUAUCUCAAAAACACCCAAAUGUAAUUCAAUUAAUCCAGGCUGUCACAAUGAUACAUUUCAAUGUCGAUCUGGUCAAUGUAUAUCUUGGUAUUUUGUUUGUGAUAAGACCAAAAAUUGUGAGGAUGGAUCGGAUGAAGAUGAUUGCGAACCAUUUAAAUGUCCUAAGGAGGCAUUCCAAUGUGACGAUGGAACUUGUCUCAGUCGAUCAGCUGUUUGCAAUGGCCGAUGGGAAUGUCCUGAUGGAAGUGAUGAAGCAAGAUGCUAUAAGGGUAUUCCUUGUGAUAAAAAAUCAUUCCGAUGUAAAAGUGGACAAUGUUUACCUCAAUAUACAUUUUGUAAUGCUGUUACUGAUUGUCUUGAUGGAUCUGAUGAAAUACAAUCUGUUUGUGAAUACUCACCCAAAUGCCCCAAGGGUAUGUUUCAAUGUGACAAUAAGAAAUGUCGAUCCACAGCAAUCCUUUGCUCCGGUGUUGAUGGUUGUGGUGAUAAUAGUGAUGAAGAGAGAUGUGAAGUUUGCUAUUGUGAAAAACCUCCGAAUUAUUGAUAAUUAAUUUAAUUAUUAAUUCUAAUUUUUUAAUUAUUUAUACAAAAAGCUACAAAUUAUCAUUUCUUUUAAUAUAAUUAAACAAAUUGAUUGGAAACACAAUUGAUUUAGUUAAAUAAAAACUCACAUUUUGUGUUUACAAUUUUAAUUGUUGACUAAAUUGUCACAUGAUUGUUAUGAAAGUUGAUUACAAUUAAAAGGUAUUAAUAUUUAUAUAUCAAGUUACGAUAAUAACAAAAGGUUAAUGUUGAUUAAAUCAACGAGAACAACAAUUAACAAUCAGAAAAUAAUGUCCAUCCUAAUUGUAACAAUUAACAAGGUAAAUAGUUCAAUAGUCUCAACAUGUUAAUUGUCAAGAUGAUCAUAAUAAUAAUCACCAAACAGUUUACAAUUAAUCACAAUCGUUAUAAUAAUCAUUGCAUCAUAGAAUCAAAUCUGAAUACAAUUGAUCAGCUAAUUUAAAUUGUAAACAAUUAACUAAUUUUUCUGAAUCGAUUGUCAAUCAAUUUAACUCAUCGAAAGCAAUAAUAAUAAUAAUCAAUAAAAAAAAAGUUUCUUCCGGUGAGUAACAAUUAACACUCAAGGAAACAACAACUUGAAAUGGUGAGAAGCAAAAAAAUUAACAACGAUUAGUUAAUUGUAACCAGGUAACUCGAAAAAGCGAAAACAAAUCAACAUGUGACAAUUUAAAGUAAUUAAUUAAUUGUUGUUUAUUUAUUGUAACCCAGUGAGAGAAAGUCAAUCAAAAGUUAUCAAUGAAAAAAAGGAAGUGAAAAGCAAAAACUUUGAUUCUAAACCAAAGGAUCGGCCUAAUUUUGGUAGUUAAUUGUUACAAGAGUGAGUUAGUUAGUGAGUUGAUUGUUAGAAAUUAAAUAACACGGAAUCAUGCAAUUAAGCCAACACAUAGAAAGAGAGAGUAUUUAAAUUUAAUUCUUACUUUUUGAUCACAAUUAACAUCGACAAUUGAUGAUUAUUUGUCGUUGGCUCAUUUACCUUUCAUUGUUAUUACAAAAAGCUAUUCAUUAACAUUCAAUUCAAAUUAUAUUCACCAUCAUCAUCAUCAUCAUCAUCAUCAUCAUUACCACUCCUAAUUGUUGGACAUAAUCAUCAUCAUCAACGACAACAAUCAAAUUAGAUUCCGUGUUACCUUGUAAAAAAAACACAGAAUCAACAUAAUCAUUAAUAAUCAUCUCCCUCUUUUCAUCUUUCUCCUCCUCUUCAUCUCUCUCACUAUUUUUACAAUCAGUUUAAUUGUUAGAAUACAAAUUUGGUCAGUUAAUUGUUCAACUUCAUCGUCAAAAUUUAUUUUUGGAUUAAAUUGUCAACAAAUCAACAUAAAAAAAAGGAAUCUAAUCUAUUAGUAGUUAACAUGUUCCAAUAUUUCGUUACAUUAUUUACCGUUUUGUUUUUGUUUCUGUGUUUUAUUGAUUCGAUUUCGGCUCAAUCCUAUGGUGUAGUUCCCCCCGGUGGGUAUGGGUCAGGUUACAGUUCCGGUGUUUAUGGUACUUCGGGUGCCAUGAUCGGUGGUUAUUCUGUUGGCUCUGAAUUGACCAUGAGACGAAUGGAAUUGGAAGCCCGAUGUCCGAAAGCUUUUGUUGAUCUUCGCUAUUCAGAGUGUAAAGAUGAUGCUCGUUACGAUUGGACGGGAACUCGAAACACUCUGAAAGCGGAAUGUUGCUUCGUACUUGACGAUGCUCAUUGUCUCCGUGAUUCCAUGAAACGAAACUGUCCAAUUGAUGUGGUCGAUUUUUUCGAUGAGAUAAUGUUGACCUCCGAAAACCAAUGGAGAUAUUCAACCGAGUGUCAUGAUUACUACAAAAGAUCAUUAUGCCAUUUUCCCGUUUGGGCGAUUGUCCUUCUAUCAAUUAUCGGUGCUAUCUUACUAUUCGGUUGUAUCGGUGGAAUCAUCUAUUGGAAAUGUUGUCGUUAAUUGUCAACCAAUUUUCUAAAAUUUUUUUCUCUUCUAAUUAACUUUCCAAUCUAACGAAACAAUCAACUAACCAGCCGAUUGUUUCAUCACCAAAAACUAAAUCAACGAGAUUUCUGUGUGUGUGUGUCUCCUUUUAAUUGUUUCCUCCAUAAUUCACACAAUUAGUUAAUUAGAUUUCCCAGAAUUUGUUUUUCUAAUCAUUAAGUAAAUUACAAACUCACAACCGAACAAUUAAUUAAUCAAAAUUCCCUCCUUUUCUAAUUGGCGCCUAAUCUUAUUUUCUGGUUAAAAGUUUUCACUUUUAAUUGAGACCUUUUCGUUUUUCUUGUAUCAUUAUCAUCAUCAAAACAAUCAACAAUCAAAUAAAUUGACUUUUAAACAAA